AUGAUUAGUUAUCCUAAAAGAUCUAUCGAUACUACACCAUUCGUAAAUCAAUUAAACAUAAUAGAAUCAUCUAAGAAUAACAAUAGAUUAAGUCAAAAAUCAUCACCUAUUGUCGAUCCAUAUUGGAUUAAUAGAUCAAGAAAAUAUACUAAUUUACAUCAUCAUCAAGAACAACAACAACAACAACAACAACAACAACAACAACAACAACAAGUACAGCAACAACAACAACAACAAGUACAACAACAACAACAACAACAACAACAAAAACAAAAACAGAAUAAUAAUGUUCAACCAACUACUAUUAAAGAUUCUUUAUCAUUUGAACCUUUUACACCAAUAGUCAUAUCAAGUCAAAAGAAUAUAUGGAGUUGUAAUAAUAAUAAUUCAAAUAAUAGUGGUAAGAUGACAACUAUAUGGGGUUAA